AUUUAUUUAUUUAUUUUCAAUUAUUUUAUUUUGAAUCAGUAAUUAUCGAUACUUCUAAUAUCAUGCUUAUAGUAUGCUAAAAAGUACUGGUACUAUUAUGUUGAUCAUAAUAUGGUGUUAUCAUGGUAUUGUUACAAAAGUACAAUUCGUUUAAAUACUUAAAAACACUUUUUGUUAAGAACAAUAUAAAAACAUUGUACACAAAUUUCCCCGAAAAAUUAUCGGAUAUUACCUCACGGAAUUCAACCAAGGAUCGACGAUCCUAUUUCAGGAUUUCCGGCUGAUUUGCCAAGUAAAUUUGCCAAGUGUCAAGUAAUCAUUUAUAGUAAAAACAUUACAUUGACCCUAGAAUGAAAAAAAAAAAAAAAAA